AUGUCGGUGGUGACAGAUAUGGAAGAAGAAGAAGACGCAGAAGACGCAGAAGAAGAACGUCAGCCGUUCAACAUCGCGCGGGAAACAGCGUCAGAGAUGGAUCCUGUAGAGGCAGGAGAGGAGGAAAACUACCACUUCUCUGAUUCGUCUUUAAACCUCUACGAAGCGCAGUUUUUCCGCUUCACCCCUCGGACCUGCAUGCUGCGGAUCAACAGCGCCUUCCAUGAAUGUCUGUGCGACAUUUUAGCCUUGGUGGAGAAGGUGUGUGUCCGGGAGCUGGGGAAGGGCCAGCCGGACGGGGCCGAGGAGAAGCUCCGGUUCAGGGCCAGAGAGUGCAGCCGCCAGCUGCAGCAGUUCCUGGAGAAGCGCUUCAAGCAGCUGUCGGGGCGGAUGGAGGCGCUGCUGAUGAGCCGAUGUUUCACCAUACCGCCGAACGUCCUGCUGCCAGAGGACCGCUCCCACAACAAAUGCCCGGAGGACGUCCAGGAAGUGCUGAAGGUGGAGUCCUCCCUAGCAGACCUCCACAGAGCCUACGAAGCCGAGGUUUGUGCCAGACGAGCUCUGCUAGCUGAGCUGGAGGAGCAAAAGGAGGUGCAGACGCAGCUGGACGACAUCCUGGCGUGGGUCAGAGAGAUGCAGGCAGCGUGGGCGAAGGAAGGACACGGCAGUUUCCAGGAAAGCUUCUGCCUCGUGAUGGAUUACACAAAGAAACUGCAGAGGGUUGUUAAAGAGGUUCUGGUCCACAGCAAAACCCUCAACGAAACUGAAACCUGAGGUGUAAAUAAUAAAACGGAUGGGUAACGUUUUAAUGUUUCAGGAGUUCAUUUUUUUUACUUUUUUAUUUUUUGUCCAGGUGUUCUAUACAUGCACAUUAAUCAGCAUUUAGCAACAAUAACAGCACGUCGACUUUCCACAAGAAGCAACACCACUGGCGUCCAACAGGGGGCGCUCUGUUUGGAUCUUUGGAGAAAUGUGUGUCAAAUAAAUUAAUUCUAAUUUA